AUGAGCGGGAGCAGAGUCCUGGAGACCCAAACUCCACUUCUGGAGACUGAAAAUGAAGCAGGCCCAGGUGGAUGGAGAUCGGCAUCUUUCAUGCUAGCUGGAGGAUCCCUGGAGAGAUUUGCAUAUUAUGGAGUAGAAUCCAACCUCAUUAGCUAUCUCACCGGACCAAUUGGAGAAUCCGUGGCAACAGCUGCUGCAACUGUCAAUACAUGGAUUGGUGUAGUUUCACUUGUACCAGUUUUAGGAGCAUAUUUGGCUGACUCUGUCCUUGGUCGCUAUAGAUCAAUCAUCAUUGGUUCCCUUCUCUACAUCUUGGGACUCGGUCUUUUGAGCUUGUCUGCAAUAAUUAUUCCAACAUCUACCAGCAGCUCGACCUAUCAAGGCAUGAACAAGAAAUCAGGCCCGAAAACAGGACUCCAAGUUUUGUUUUUUGUCUCACUUUACUUGGUUGCAUUGGCUCAAGGAUAUAAACCUUGUGUUCAAGCUUUUGGAGCUGAUCAAUUUGAUGGAAAACAUCCGGAACAGAGCAAAGCUAAGAGCUCAUUUUUCAAUUGGUGGCUGUGUGGCAUAUGCAUAGGAUCUACAGCUGCACAUUUGAUCUUGCACUAUAUUCAAGAUAACAUAAACUGGGCACUUGGUUUUGGGAUUCCUUGUCUAGCUAUGAUUCUUGGGCUGACUCUUUUUUUACUUGGAAGCAGAAUUUACUUUUUUCCUGUUAAAAGAGGUGAUGAAGAAAGGCAAUAUGGAAGGAUUACGUGUGGUUUAGAUAAAGCGGAUGAUACUUUACAACAUGAAGCACUAGCAUCAAGCAGUCAAGAAGAGUACCAAGAAGAUUUGUUGUUAAAUGCUCGACAAAGAUCUCAAGACUACAGAUUUCUGAAAAAUGUAUCGCCUGCAGCAGAUGACUAUUCAACUGUCUCUGACAAAACAGAAGUGCCAAAGAAUGUUCUAAGGCUAUUUCCUAUAUGGAUAACUUGUUUAACAUAUACAGUUGCAUAUGCUCAAGCGGCCACAUUAUUUACAAAGCAAGCAACAACCUUGGACAAAUCAAUAGGGCUAAGUUUUAAUAUUCCAGCUGCCACACUUAGGACUUUCGUCCCUCUUACCAUAAUGUUGUGCAUUCCAAUCUAUGACCGAAUUUUCGUCCCAGUUGCCAGAACAAUCACAAAAAACCCCACAGGUAUAACAAUGCUGCAAAGAAUAGGAGCAGGGAUGGGCAUAUCGGUUAUUAACAUGGCUGUUGCAGCUCUAAUCGAAAUCAAAAGACUCAAAACUGCUCAAGAUUAUCAUUUGGUAGAUAUACCCAAUGCAACACUUCCUAUGAGCUUCUGGUGGUUGGUGCCUCAAUACAUAUUAUUUGGACUUGCAGAUGUGUUCAAUCAGGUAGGGAUGCAGGAGUUUUUCUAUGAUCAGGUCCCCAUUGAAUUAAGAAGUGUAGGCCUGUCAUUUUACUAUGGUGCCUUGGGAAUAGGGAACUUCUUGAGUAGUUUUCUGGUCUCAAUGAUUGACAAAGCUACAAGUCAACGGGGUAGAGAGAGUUGGUUCUCAGACAACUUAAAUCAUGCACAUAUUGAUUAUUUCUAUUGGCUACUUGCUGGAAUAGGUGCUGUGGGUUUAAUCAUUUUUGUCUAUCUAUCAAGAUUUUACAGCUGUGUCGAGCAAAAUGAUAGUGGCAAGUGUUCUCAAACAGGUUUAGCAGGUAGGUUGACUGGUAACCCGUAGGAGAUCACUAGCUUGUGUGAUAGCUGUCUAAAGUUAGAUUAUGCACAAAGGAUAACCUUCUGCACUGGCGAUUUUCUAGUAUCAGUCCUGAAUGUGCCUCUUCUAGAGCUGCACCAGCAUCCUUACAGCACUCAUUCUUCGACUAACAUGUUUCUGCUGCAGAAUGUGGUGAAGUCCAAAGUCUAUGUCUUGGGGUUCUACAUGGUUCAUACAUGAGGGAAUUCGAUGAUAUACCCAUCAUUGUUCAACCAACAAAUUUGUUGACAAAAUCAGAAGGUUGGCAUUUUCUGCAACUACAAAAAAAUCCAGGUUAUGUACAACUUUUCGUGUGAAUAUGGUUUCCCCUCUUGGUUGGAAGAAAGGCACGGAAAGUUACU